CUUCCACUGCUGGGUAACUUUUGUUGCAAUAUGGGUGUGACUUGAUGGAGCUCCCCUCCCAGUUAUGUCAUUACUUCAGUUCCUUUGAAUCAGAAUAAAAAGUGCAGCGAACUUCAGACUCAUUGACUGCAGACUUAACAAGUGUCGGGGCUUUUCUUCUUUCCACGGUUUUCAAGGAUCUCUGUUUUUUGCAAAACAGUUCCGAGAAAACAAUGGCCAACUUCUCCUUAUGGGCAACUUUUGGAUUAUGUUUGCUGAAGCUUUGUCUAACAGAAACACAGUUCAAUGUAAGUUGCAGAUAUGGAGGAGUUUUUCAUGUUGAGAAAAACGGUCGCUACAGUCUCACACGAUCUGAAGCAGUUGAACUCUGCAGAGCUCUCAAUAGUACCUUGUCAACACUAGAGCAGUUGAAGAAAGCUCAUGAACUUGGAUUUGAAACUUGCAGGUACGGGUUUGUAGUGGGGAAUAUUGUUAUCCCACGAAUCAAUCCCUAUCACCUUUGUGCAGCAAAUCAUACUGGCGUUUACAAACUUUCAGCAAACACAACUGGUCGGUAUGAUGCAUACUGUUACAAUGCCACAGAAACAAGAGACAAAGCGUGUGAGCCAAUUGAAAGACUAGAUACUGCUUUCCUCAACAAUCAGGGUGAAAUAGUCAUUGACAAUGCAGAUGGCUCACGUUAUAAUGCAGAUGGCACACGUCAUAGCGGAGAGUCCUCAACCUCAGGUGCGGAUGAUGAAAAUGCAGGUAGUGGAUCAACACAUGACACAACUCCCAUGGAUACCUCCAUCAGGAGAUCCAGCCCCUCAUAUUAUGGAAGUGCCACUCCAGUCUCACAGCUGCCAGAUCAUUCUUCUGGAGGGGGUGAAAAAGAAAUUCCUAGAAAAGAUUCUGAUUAUGAAGUUACUCCUGUAUCACCUAACAUCUCUUCGAUGACGCCAGCUGAUGAUUCCCCUGAAAAAGAUGGUGGACAGUAUCCUGCAAGUACUACUCCAGGGCCUCAUCAUGACAACCUGGAGAAAGCCACCACCCAAGCUUGGUGGAAUCUGUUCUCAAACCACUGGUGGUGGUCAAAGCCUGGACAGAAGAUGCAAGAACCCACGCAAGCAGCCAAGGCAGAUGUGACCUCAAGUGGCAAUGGUUCGGAUGACGAAGACUCUUCAGAGGAGAUGACUUACCCAACAGUGUUUCCAGUCUGGGACAGGAGUGUGGCCCAAGACGCGUAUGCUCCAAGUACUACUCCAGGGCCUCAUCAUGACAACCUGGAGAAAGCCACCACCCAAGCUUGGUGGAAUCUGUUCUCAAACCACUGGUGGUGGUCAAAGCCUGGACAGAAGAUGCAAGAACCCACGCAAGCAGCCAAGGCAGAUGUGACCUCAAGUGGCAAUGGUUCGGAUGACGAAGACUCUUCAGAGGAGAUGACUUACCCAACAGUGUUUCCAGUCUGGGACAGGAGUGUGGCCCAAGACGCGUAUGCUCCAAGUACUACUGUGGACUUGCAACACGAAACACUUCUGGAAAUCUCCACACACGGUCAUCGGAACCCCACGUAUACAGAUGAAGAGGAGCAGUAUCCUAGCUCUGCCGGCAGGGCACUAGUUACAAGUGAAAAUGAAAAACAUCAAGGACCAACCCAACAUCCACUAUUACACAGUGUUCAUUCUGGAUGGAUAAGUCAAGAGCAAAAUCCUGCAAAUACCACAGGGAGUACUGAACAACACGAAUUUACUGUUGCAGGUGAAAAUGAUAUUGAAAAGGAAUCUUCUCAUACAGCUAUGGCCUCCAACCAUGGGGCCAAACAGAACGACUCAGCGCAAGACCCAUUGGUGUAUCCAGAUUGGGACAAGGGAGAGGAUUACACACAACGUGCUAUAACGGAUAGAAUUAUUCCUUCCAGAGAGAAUAAUCAUGAAAAACAGUCUUCCACUACAGCUGUUGCCUCUCCUGAUGGUGCCCACCACGAAGACCCAACUUGGCCACCUCUCCCUUCAGAUAAUGAACCAGGAUGGGGCACUGAAGGCAUCACACGUCCCACAGAUGCCCCUGGGGAGCAUGUCCACCACGGGACCACGGCUAGUACGAACAAAGCUGCUGAUGACUCUUCUCUGAUGGGUACCAGUAAGAAUAAUGGAUCAUACUCAUUUCUCAUGCCUGUCACAGAGUCCGCGGAUGAUGUUAACCAAGAGACGACAACCAAGGAGCCCCUGGCACCCGGCACUCCGCCUGCAAGUGAAAGCGAACAAGCAAAUGCCACAGACAGUUCCUACGUUGAUUGGAUACCUGGAGUUUUUCCAGACACUGAAGAUCAUCUUAACCAAUUGCAGACCCCUCUUCCUACUACUGUUGCCUCUCCUGAUGGUGCCCACCACGAAGACCCAACUUGGCCACCUCUCCCUUCAGAUAAUGAACCAGGACGGGGCACUGAAGGCAUCACACGUCCCACAGAUGCCCCUGGGGAGCAUGUCAACCACGGGACCACGGCUAGUACGAACAAAGCUGCUGAUGACUCUUCUCUGAUGGGUACCACCUCCACUGAUGUUCUGAAACCAGAAGAUAUAACCCAGGAAGUGUGGGCACCUCGCAUCGUGGUAACUGCUGUUGCCUCUCCUGAUGGUGCCCACCACGAAGACCCAACUCGGCCACCUCUCCCUUCAGAUAAUGAACCAGGACGGGGCACUGAAGGCAUCACACGUCCCACAGAUGCCCCUGGGGAGCAUGUCCACCACAGGACCACGGCUAGUACGAACAAAGCUGCUGAUGACUCUUCUCUGAUGGGUACCAGUAAGAAUAAUGGAUCAUACUCAUUUCUCAUGCCUGUCACAGAGUCCGCGGAUGAUGUUAACCAAGAGACGACAACCAAGGAGCCCCUGGCACCCGGCACUCCGCCUGCAAGUGAAAGCGAACAAGCAAAUGCCACAGACAGUUCCUACGUUGAUUGGAUACCUGGAGUUUUUCCAGACACUGAAGAUCAUCUUAACCAAUUGCAGACCCCUCUUCCUACUAGAUCUACCUCCAGUAUAUAUGGUAAUCAAGGACCACACAAGGGACAUUAUGAAUCUACUACUUUUCCUGGAGAGACCACAACAACAAAAAUAGUUUCACAACCAAGGUCAGCCCAGGUACCAGAAUGGCUGAUCAUAGUUGCCGCGCUUGUGGCACUUGCGUUGAUUCUUGCAGUGUGCAUUGCUGUUAACAGUCGGAGAAGAUGUGGGCAGAAGAAAAAGUUAGUGAUUAACAAUGGCAAAGGGGCAGUGGAGGAUAGGAAGACAAGUGGAUUAAAUGGAGAUGCCAGCAAAUCACAAGAAAUGGUGCACUUGGUUCAUAAAGAACAGUCAAAUGACCAAACAGGACCAUGUGACGAAUUCCUGACUGUUAAUGAAACACAGAAUCAUCAGGAGCUUGACAUGAAGAGUGGAGUGUAAUGGUACCAAGCUGCCAAGUAGAUCAGAGCUGGGGAAAUCAAAAUCACAUGGAACUUGGACAGGAACUCAUAGAUGCACUGUGCUACUGAUGUCUUUUGAACAUAAUUAAACAUAAGUUUUAUUAAUUUUUAAUCACUUUAAAAUGAUGUCUGAGUUACAAAAUUGACAUUCACUUUCUGAAAUAAGCCCACAAGAGUUGCAUAAUGUUUUCAGUUCCCAGUUCCUACACAGAGGACACUCACUGUGUCCUGGGUGUUAGGAGGGAUGCAAGUUUACGUCAUUGUUCCCCAGAUGGAGGGUCUUCACUGUGCGGACUUACAGAAGUAUCCAGUCACUCUAUCUUACAGGCAUUUAAGGUACUAAACUUGCCAAUGGUACAAGAGUAAGUGAGGAACAAAUGUCAAGAGCAAAAAAUCAAGUUUAAACCAAAAAGACCUCCUAUGCAAUAUCUAAAACACCAGAAUCCUUCAGAAACGCCUUCCAGUCGGGAAGAGCAGUAGGUGCAUUCGGAAUCUGCCAGUAUAAACAAACAUAAUGAUUUAUGGCUUGGUCUGCAAUGACAGAAACCCAGAAGGACAAAAUUUAUUUAUCUCUAUUUUAAAAUGUCUAUGGGCAUACAGUAAAUCUUCUUGGGAGGGGGAAUAAAAAGAUGAAAACGAGGUGAUACAUAAUAAAGUUCUAUACUUUAUUAUCCUAACAAUCUGUACAGUUAUCCUUGAGUUUUUGAGUUGUUCAUUGCUCUUCCCCCUCCCUCCUUCAUUGAUCAUAGUUUGUGCAUGUUUUUAAUGAGUCUGUUAGGAUAAUGACUAAAACAGAAUGACUCCAGCUCUAUCACACAUGCACAAAUCAAGCAAUUUGAGAUUAUUAGGGGAGACAACAGUAUUUUAUUCCUGACAAAUAGGUCUCUAUCUUCUGCUACAUUUUACUUAGGAGAUGCUGAGCCUAGUAAAACCUGUUUCCCCUAUAACUAUUACGUUACACCAGUUUGCUGAUAUUUUAACAGUUGCCCUUCUAUGAUCUCGCGCACUUCCUCUGGAUUCUAUUUAUUUCAGCCAUGGUUUUCCCUCUGCUUUUUAAAAAUACAAAAGAAACAUUGCUUGCUAAUUGGUACCAGAAGUUCAAAUUCUGCAGAGAAGAUCGAAGAAAAUUAAAGGAAACUCUCCCAGCCAUGUAAUAUAGUAAAGUAGCUGCAGCCGCAUUGUUACAUGCUUUUGUUUUGUGCUUAUGUGUCUGUUACGUAAAGUUUUUUGUAUUAAGCUGUAAUGCUGUGCAUUAUAUUGAUAUGAAUUGUCAGAAAGAAAAUUAUUUACUACCGGUGGUCUGUGCCAUUUUUAAGAAAGUGUAUUGGAAUGGAGGGAGAAUGAUAACUUCUAAUUGGGCUGCCUCAAGAAAAUGCAAGUAAAAACAAUCUAAGGUAAUUGCAACCAGUGGUCUGUCAGCUGUGGGAUGGGGAACGUCCUGCAGCAGGGUUAUUCAAGUGUUCUGUUCACCCACUAUAGCACCUGUCUUUGAAACCAUUCUGCUAAAGCAUGUUAUUUUAUGUUCUCCAUCUGAAGCAAUUUGGAGGACGAGUAUUCAGCUGGCUAAAUACUAACAUUAGCUAGUACUGAUCUUUACUGGAACAUAAAGCACAAGACUAUUGAUUAUAUUUCUCAGUCACAGCCCUCCAGCAGUUUCCCAUGUGUUUUACUGAGUUGCUCAGUGCCCUGGUAUCUGCAGGCAGAUCUCUUCAGGAGCAAUUUAUGCCUGGGCAAAAAGUCCCAAGAUGAGGUGUGAUUUUAAAGUACGCAUAGGAUGUUUCCUGACUUUAUGUAGGUCGGUGUGUUUCACCUAUGAACAGUCACACAGCUUGUGGUCUAAAGGCGUUCAAGCAAGCUGAAGCGAAUGGGGUCAAGGUGAUUUACACUAUCAGUACUUGUGGUCCACUGUCAAACUUCUUAGUCCUUUCAUGUAUUAUAAUACUGAACUGUGCAGUAGGAAGUCUGUUGACUCUGUGCAUUGGUUUUUGUUUAAUUCCUGUAAUGUUUUUAAGCAAGCUUUUCUAUUUGCCAUUAUAAAUCAAAAUGAUCUGUUGAAGGCUGCGUUUAAACUGGUGUUAUGUACCCAUUUCACGAAGUAUGGAGAUCCAGAGUAAGAAUUAUUAUUCUCUUUAAAUCCUAGUUGAUAGGUCUCAAUCAAAAGGAGAUAUUUCAUUCUCUUGAAAGCUAAAUUUUUCUUUAAAAAAAAGAAAAACGCUGGGGCAUGUUAUUCAUCUUCCUAUUCAGAUGUUUAAUGGAGAAAUCCACAAACUCCUUCCUAAUUUAUCUAAUGUUCAGUAGCUAUAAAUGCACAGACAACACUGGUUGGCUUCUUUUUAUAUUUUUAAAUAGGGAGAUGCUCAAGUUCUCUUUACAGAGGCAAUGCCAUUAUUUUAUAUAUGCUGAUUCUUUUUAGAUUAUUUCAUGUGAUUCAUGUGUAAUUAAGUUUCAUUAUAGUUUCAGAACUAGAUGGCCAUUUCAUAUGUGUAAUAUCGUACAUAUUUUUGUUAAUCUUGGUUUUAUUAUUUGAGGGGUUGUUUGUUGAGUGUAUGUAUUUUUUAUAUAGAGCACUUGAUAUCUUUGCAUAUUUAUUUAACAGAUUAAUCAGAAGGAAAGAAAAUAUCAUCUCUAAAUUGUAACUAGAAAUAGUAUUGCUAAAAAGACACUGAACUGUAAAAUAAGCUUCCAAAAAUAAACUUGAUUCCACAUCGAGGAUAAAAAGUAAGACUGGCAUUAUAAGUGGGAGAGAAGUAUUCAGCAGGAUAGUUUAGUACUGGUGACCCAGGGGUCAUUUUUUCUGCUUGCAAACUCUAAGCCAGGCUCAGCUGAAUGCUGUGUGACCUUGCCUGCUCUGCCAGCCUCCCAUAGGCUCCCCAGAUGCUCUGGGAGUUAGCUAUUAACUCAGCUUCCCCCUAGAAGCAGACAAGUCGGUCCAGUUUAAGAUCAGCCCAGUAAGAUCUUGAUGACUAUUCCUGGCUCGCUGAACCAAUGGCACUUGGGAGACCGCAGCGCCCAGCAAUAUCUGGCCCUUCCUUCAGGGUGCUGAGAAGACCAGUCGGGUCUUGGUCUACCCUUGGUGCCUGGGAAGAAUGAGGAUCUGUCCUAAAAAUGCUGAGGAGACCAUGCUGGACCUAGAACAGACCCCGUGAUCAGCUUGUGUUAUUCCUUUGCCUUCAACAGUUUUAAAUACAUGUAAUCCAGACCACCUCUCUCAUGAAAAUACUGUCUAAAGCAGUAAGCAUAUUUAAAAGAGGGAUUGUAUGUUUUAUGAGAACGUAAUAUUUUCAUCAAACAAUCCGGGGUGAUUGUUUCACCUGUAUUUUCUUGAAGAUCUUACAAUGAAUAUUUGAUUAAAGCAGAGAAAGGAUAUGUGGCCA